AUGGGCUUCAGAGACGGAGAACAAGACAGAAAACAGGAGGGAGAGAGUGAGAGGGAGAAAGAGAAAAUCGAGACGGAGAGCGAGACGGAGAGCGAGACGGAGAGCGAGACGGAGAGCGAGACGGAGAGCGAGACGGAGAGUGAGACGGAGAGCGAGACGGAGAGCGAGACGGAGAGCGACACAGAAAGCGACACAGAAAGCGACACAGAAAGCGACACAGAAAGCGACACAGAAAGCGACACAGAAAGCGAGUGGGAGGGUCUUCAAGAGCAGCUUAACCGAGCUCAAGAAGAACUGAAGCUUAGAGAUCAACAGAUCUCGGCUCUGCAGCAGGAAGUAACUGAGGUCAAAGACCAGUUAGAGGCAGUUGAGACCAAUUUGAGGCAUUCGUUGGGAUUGGCAAACGAGCGAUCGGCAAGGAGGGAGCAAGCCCAUCAACAGCUGCAGCUCCAGAUGUCAAAGCUACCGUGUCCGUCAGUAGUAAUACAGAUGGACAGCGAGACAGAGAACGAGAGUGAGAUAGAACUGAAAUUGAGAGAUGAACAGAUCUUGGCUCUGCAGAAGGAAGUGACUGAGGUCAAAGGUCAGUUAGAGGCAGUAGAGACCAGUAGGAAUCAUUCUUUGGGUUUGGCGAGGGCGCGAGCGCUGCAGUGGAAGAAAACCCAUCAACAGCUGCAACUCCAGUUAUCAGAGAAAGAUUCUCGGUCUGUAGCAAGACAGAUGGAGACCAGGACACAACUGAGGAUUAGAGAUGAAUGGAUCUGGGCACUGCAGAGGGAAGUCACUGAUGUCAGAUAUCAGUUAAAGGCGGUUGACACCAAUUGGUGGCAUUCAUGGGGUUUGGUCCAUGAGCGAUUGCAGCAGUGGAUGGAAGCCCAUCACCAGCUGCAGCUGCAGUUGUCAGAGAAAGAUUCUCAGUCUGUAGUGAUACAGAAAGAGACCGAGACACAACUGAAGCUUAGAGAUGAACAGAUCUUGGCUCUGCAGCAGGAAGUAACUGAGGUCAAAGAUCAGUUAGAGGCAGUUGAGACCAGUAGGAGGCGUUCAUUGGGUUUGGAGAGGGAGCGAUUGCAGCAGUGGAUGGAAGCCCACCAACAGCUGCAGCUGCAUUUAUCAGAGAAAGAUUCUCAGUCUGUAGUGAUACAGAAAGAGACCGAGACACAACUGAAGCUUAGAGUUGAAAAGAUCUUGGCUCUGCAGCAUUAA